AUGGGAACCCGAACCUUCUUCCACCACAGAGAGGAGGAGCGGAAGGAGGAGAGGCAGCAGAGCUUGCAAAUGACCUCCACAACCAAGAAGAAAAAGUUCAAAACCAGUGAGGAAGAAGAGACUUUCAGCCCCUCAGAGUUAUCGAUAGCAGCCGCCCUCGCCUUGACCUCCGAAAUCCCACAGGAUUACAAGAUAAGAAGAGAAGCUGCCAUCCUCGAGCUAGAACAGAGGGGGCAAAAGAGAAUUCGGUUCGGGAAUGACAUGGAAAAGUUGGAAAAGGAGGUUAUUCGGAACUGCAGACUGCUGCGUGUCAGAGCUGACCGGAAGGCCCUUCGGAGGAAGGCUCUAGAAAAGGCACGCGUGGAGAAGGAAUACCUAGAGCUGCGUUCGGGGCGACCACCCAUGUUCUGGAUCCCCCUCCGAGCACACGCAGUCUGGGAGCGGAUGGACGUGACCCUGGCCUGUACAGUCCUGGCUUCCCCGGCGCCGCAGGUCGCUUGGUAUAAAAACGGAGUCCGGAUUGAUCCUCGCCUAGCCCCAGCAGGAAAAUAUCAGAUUCAAAACAAGUUUGGGAUGCUGACCCUGCACAUCAGCAGAUGCUCCAUAGAAGAUUCUGCUGAGUACAGGGUUGAAGUUAAGAACCAGUACGGCGAGGCUUAUUCCUUUGCUACAGUUCUUGUCAGGAAAUAUUACGGAAAGGAGUCAGGAUUUGAUUCAGAAAUAUACAGAAGAUCCCUUAUGGCCAGAGAGGCAGAUUUUGCUUUUCCACUGAAACCCUUAUUUUCAAGAGAAAAAGAGGCUUUCACCCUACCCUGCUACUUCUCUUCUGAUUUACUUGAGCACCAACGAGACAUUACCUGGUUCAGAGAUGGGGAGUUGCUGCAGAACUCUGAACGUUGUGAACUGAAGUACCAAGACCGGGAGGCUUCUCUGACAGUGCCGUGCGCUUACAAAGAAGAUGAGGGAUUCUACACGAUCCGCGUCCCCUCACUGGAUGGAUAUAAAGAGCAGACCACUUACGUGUUUGUUAGAGAUGCUGCAGCAGAAACAGCUGGUGCACCUGGAUCCCCACUCAACGUGAAAUGCCGCGACGUAAACAGAGACUGCUUGAUUCUGUCUUGGGUGGCACCCAGCGAUAACGGAGGAAGUCCGAUCCUGGGGUACUAUAUUGAAAGGUGUGUCGCUGGGUCAGAGGAUUGGCUCCCCUGCAACGACAAGCCCGUGAAAACCUGCAGAUACCCUGUCCUGGGCCUCGCUGAGGGACAAACGUACCAGUUCCGAGUAAAAGCUGUCAAUAAAGAGGGCAUCAGUCAUCCUUCCAAACCCAGCGACCCAGUUACAACACACGAGCCCUGCAAGGACAAGAGAGUGACAGUUAUUCCAUACGACGAAGGCAGGAAGAUAGACAUUUUCAAGGAUGACCUGGAGGGAGAUAUCAAAAUUCCCCUGCCACCCACCAAUGUUCACGCAAGUGAGGUCAGAGAAGAUUACGUGGCUUUGGCCUGGGAUGAGCCAGAUCCAAGAGGCAGAGAGCCACUGAGCUAUUAUGUGGAACAGGCGAUGGUAGGCAGCAACUCCUGGCAAAUGGUGAAUCCGGACAGGCCAGUUAAUUCCCCAAGAUUUGCACUCUUUGAUCUCGUGAAAGGAAAAUCAUAUCGCUUCCGCGUGCGAUCUGCGAACAAGUACGGAAUCAGUGAGCCAUCCCUGCCCAGCGAGCCAGUAACUGCUGGAGCAAAACUGGCUACUCUACCUCCACCAUCUCAGGUUUUAGCUUUCAGAGACACCAAGACAUCUGUUUUUCUGCAAUGGGAUAAGUUAAAGGAUGGUCUGGAGCCUCUUGGCUACUACAUAUACUGUCGGGAGACCGGGACCGAAGAAUGGCAAACUGUCAAUAACAAGCCCGUGGCGUGUAACGAAUUUACUGUUCCUGGGCUGCAGCCUGGAAAAGAAUAUGUCUUUUGUGUGAAAUCUGUCAGCGAGGCAGGACUGAGUGAAAGCUCACCAGAAACAGAUCCUGUCGUCGUCAGAGCAGCUAUUGCUUGUCCGUCGGCACCACACGGGUUUGUUCUUCUAAACUGUGGGAAGACCAACAUGACCAUCGGCUGGAAAGCCCCGAAGCGCAAAGGAGGAACUAAGAUUCUGGGUUAUUUCCUCGAUCAGCACGAUACAGCUGAACUAGACUGGCACGAAGUCAAUAUUCGGCCAAUUCCUCAGCGAGUUUACACGGUCAGCAAUCUUGAGGAAGGUCACCUGUACGAGUUCCGUGCCCGUGCGGUGAACGCGGCCGGUGUGGGGGAAGUAUCUGAGCCCAGUGACUUGUUCAGAUGUGAGGAAUGGACAAUGCCAGAACCAGGUCCUCCUUACGACGUCAAGUGCACCGAAGUAAGAGACUCGUCUGUGCAGCUGCACUGGGAAGCCCCGCUGUACACGGGGGCAGGACCCGUCACAGGGUAUCACGUGGACGUCUGCGAAGAAGGGUCAGAGGAAUGGAAACAAAUAAAUAAGCAUCCCAUAGCCACCACCCACAUGAAGGUUUCAGAUCUGGAGACAGGGAAAUCCUAUAUUUUCCGAGUAAGAGCACGGAACAAGGCUGGAAUCGGCCCCCCUUCACUUCCCUCAGAUCCUGUGGUGGCUAAAACCAAACCCGGCACCAAUGAAAUUGAACUUGGGGUCGAUGAAGAGGGUUUCAUAUAUAUGGCCUUUGAAGCUCCUGAAAGGAAUGACGACUCUGAAUUUAUCUGGUCAAAGGACUAUGAAGGACCACCCGAUGCUGACAGAGUUGAGAGCAAAGAGAAAGGCAAUAAGUCUAAGCUUAUACUGAAAUACCCAUCAGAAAAGGAUCUGGGUAUAUAUUCAGUGGAGGUCACGGAUGUAGAUGACGAUAUCUCUGCCAGCCGCGCUUUAACAAAAGAAGAUCUGGAUAAGUUAUUGAAACAGAGCCAUGAAAUCAGGAACCCACUGAUCAAGCUGAUCUCCGGAUGGAACGUUGAUGUUCUGGAGAAAGGAGAAGUGCGGCUGUGGCUGGAGGUUGAAAAGCUGUCACCAAAUGCAGAGCUGCGUUUAAUCUUCAAUGACAAGGAGCUUACGAGUACUCCAACACAUAAAAUAAACUUCGUCAGAGGAAAAGGUCUCGUAGAACUGAUAAUCCAGAAUUUCUGCGACGAUGAUAAAGGGAUGUACACAGCCCAGCUGCAGGAUGGAAAAGCUAAAAAUCAAUUCACCCUGGCUCUUGUGGAUGAAUGCUUUGCCAAAGUUGCAGAGGAGGCCGACGCGAAACGGAGAGAAUGGAAGAAAAAGCAGGGUCCACAUUUUAUAGAGAACUUGAAAUGGAAGGUUACUGAGAACUGUGAAGUGCUCCUCACCUGCAAGGCAACAAACCUGAGAAAGGACACCAGCUUCCAAUGGUUCUUCAAUAAGAAAGCACGAGCAGGUGGCGUGUUUGACCCCCAGACUGGGAUAGGAACUCUUUGUAUUAAAAAGAUAACCAAAGCAGAUGAGGGCCAAUACAAGGCCCUUGUUUCAGAUGACCGAGGAGAAGACAGCACUCAACUUGAUCUCACAAGAGGAGCCUUUGAAGACCUUCUCAAGGAGCUGUGCAGGAUCAGUGCUCUUUCUGCGACCCCUCUCAAAAUUCAGCCUACUGAAGAAGGCAUCAAAAUCUACACAGACGUGAAGUACUACACAGACUACAUGAAAACAACUUGGUAUCACAAAGAGAAACAACUGGAAAGCCGUGACAGACUGAAAGCUGGGAGCACGAUGAAUCAGGUGUGGCUGCACAUACUGAACCCGACAGAGGCAGAUAAGGGAAAAUACACCCUGGAGUUGUUUGAUGGCAACAAGUCUCACAAACUGGCAACUGACUUGUCUGGACAAGUCUUUGAAGAUGCCCUGGCUGAGCACCGAAGGCUAAAGGAAGCAGCAAUAGCAGAAAAGCGUCGUGCCAGAGUUGUUCAAGGUCUGCCAGAUGUUGCCACCAUCAUGGAGGGCAAGACCCUGUGUUUAACUUGCUGUAUAUCUGGAGAUCCUUACCCAGAAAUCACUUGGUUCAAAAACGAGAAGGUCAUCGUCUUCAAAGAUCGUUACAAAAUGGAUGUGAAGGGGACAGUUGUCACAAUUACUAUACAGAAAGUCUGCAACGAAGACACAGGAAAAUACAGCGUCUAUGUCAAGAAUAAGUACGGUUCUGAAACAGGGCAGGUCACUAUCAGUGUCUAUAAGCAUGGAGAGCUACCUGCAGGAAUGGAAGAGGAGGUCCCAGCAGCAUUUUAG